AUGGGUCUAAACGUCAAAGGAAGCACAGAAUUCAAUUUUGAAAUUUCAGGCAAAACAAUUACACACUCCUGUGUAGUGGUCGAUGUCGAGCAAGUUGGUUACCAAGGGUUGCUAGGCCUCGAUUUCCUACACCAACACCAAGCAAUCAAUGACCACAAAAACCACACCCUCCACUUCCCGUGGGCCGCCGUCCCUCUGGACAUCAACUCCGGACAGUUCGAAGUACGAAUAAAUUCCAUCACCACCCCACCACUUGAACCAAUUCAGCCUGAAAUCCACAGCAUUAUUUUACAACAAGACACAAAAAUUUCCGAAACCAGCUGCACCACAGUCACCGGCGUCACCAGCCUCCCUGCUGGAACAGAAGUUUAUUUGCAGACAAAUCAACCUGGAGAAAACUGCCCAGCACUGCCAAUGGUGACAAAAAUAGGCGAAAAUGGUGAAGUAAAUUUUUUGCUCACAAACCCAGACAGUAAUGACUAUCUCCUAAAAGCAGGAAAACUCGAAAGCGUCUCGCUGUUCAGACUCGACAAAACAUGGGACCUGUUGGACUCCAAAACAGCACCCACUCCAAUGACAAACUUUGUCAACGAAGAUCAGUUCGAGCCCACUUUUCUGCCCAACCCUGUCAGCCAGCCACUCACAGAUGAGGAGCGCCUCAGCCAAUUCAAUUUUUCUGGCGUUGCAGAGGAACACCUCAAACCACUGCAGGACCUCAUCCUGAAAUAUGCUGACGUUUUCGCAUUCGGUGACCAACCACUCAGUUGCACACACUUAGCAAAACACAAAAUCGACACCGGCAGCGCCGAGCCAGUCAAAGUCCGUCCAUAUCGCGUCCCCGUGUCCAUGCGGCCCAUCAUGCAAGCAGCCAUCGACGACAUGCUCCGCCAAAAUAUCAUCGAACCAGCAAGCAGUCCAUGGAGCGCGCCGAUGAUCAUGGUGGCUCGGAAAGGACGGUUCUUAACUUACGAUUGCUCACUCCCGCGGGGUGUCUCCGUCCCUAGUUUACUCGUAAAACGGCAUUUUUUGCGGACUCAUUCGCGAAUCGACAGCGUCAGCUGCUGA